AUGACGAGAAUCGCGGCGGCCUAUUGUCUCGUGAUGCCCAUCCAUAAGUUGAGGAGUCUGAGCAAGGACAAGACAAGAGCACCAGGGCUAAAAAAGGGCUUUCGGCACCUCGAGCGCUUCGUCAUUCUAUACCAGACUGGCAAGCUAUUGAAACGGGAUGAUGAUGUUGAAGUCAACUCAACAGAACAAAGCACUGAUCCUCCCGUAUCGGAAGCCCAAGAAGAGGCAAUAUCUCUAUGCCUCGAAAGAGACAAUGGCAUGUGUGUAUUCACCGGGUCGAGUUCAGCGGAAGCCUGUCACAUCAUCCCUCGCUUACUUCACAGCUCCGGCUCAAAAAUUGCGCUUGCAAGCUCGUGUACUAAAGAGCUGUUUCCGAACUACCCUCCGUCAACGGACCUGGCACAAUUUCCUGGCGAGGUUGAUCCCCUGGACCUAUCAUACAACAUGCUGACUCUGGAUCGCAUCCUCCGUCAGCGACAGGCGGCUGGCCAGGUGGCCGUUCAGUCGAUGGGUACCACAGCAGACGUGAAGGGCAAUCGGUUUGGCGCCAUUGAGCUCAAGUUGCGGCGGCUCCGUGUCCGUAACAAGUGGCGACCCAAUGACAAGUUUGAGCUCACCAUCGACAACCUGUCCGACAUGCUUGGCCAGGAUGGGUCCCCAUCGUCAAGCGACGCUGGUCUCCAGGAUCGCGAUGAUUAUCCAACGACUGACAGCCGCAGCGUCCAAAUCGAGAUGCUCAAGCCCUUCCUCAGACACAUGGACAUGCUUGUCCGCAUGCAGCACACUUGUCUUCAGAUCUCGGCCAUGUCAGGGGCAGCAAACGCGUGCGCCCUCGCGAGGGCCGAGGAUUUUGAGGCGGAUUUCCAAGGCAGUCCCUUAUUCGAAGAUAUUCUUGACGAUUCCGUAUCCGAGAAUGAUUCUAGACGUCGAGUCCUCAGUUGGCUGGAAGACCGACAGGAAUAA